UUGGCAACACCGUGUCUGGCCGGCUGGCAAAAACCGAAAACGUGUCGGUAAAAAUCGUGAGGUUAAAAAAAUCGUGCCAUAUUACUUCAUGUCAACGGCACUAAUUAAAACUUUUUGUUACGUGGUUAAAAGUCAUUUUAAGCUUCAUAGGCUUAAUCAUCUCCCUUCUGUGGAAGUGCUCUCCAAGCGUUUCACCCAGAGUGACCCGCCACCCUCUUGGGGAUCGAAGAAACAGCACCGAAAAAUCAAGCUUAAUUUUGGAUUGAACAUUAUGGCAGAUCCUGAAGUAGAGAAGACAUUGGCACCACUCAGGGAUGCAGUUAAAGAGCAGGGUGACCUAGUGCGGUCCUUGAAGGCAAGUGGCGCUCCUGAGCUGGAUGUUAAAAAGGCUGUGGCCGAGUUGAAGUCACGAAAAAAGACAUUAGAAGAUAAAGAGCUUGCAUUGAUGCCUGCUGAUGCAUUUUUCGAUCGUGCCAAAAUGGAAGACCUCUGCAAACGGCGUUUCUUCUAUGAUCAGUCUUUCUCCAUUUAUGGGGGCAUUACAGGUCAGUUCGACUAUGGACCAAUGGGCUGUGCUCUUAAAACCAAUAUGCUGUCAUUGUGGCGAAACUUUUUUGUCCUGGAAGAGCAGAUGUUGGAAGUCGAUUGUUCUAUCCUUACCCCAGAACCAGUGCUCAAGGCCUCUGGGCAUGUGGAUCGGUUUGCUGAUCUAAUGGCCAAGGAUGUCAAAACUGGCGAGUGUUUCCGUCUGGAUCACCUCAUCAAAAGUGCUCUUGAAAAGAUUGCUGCUGAUAAAAAGACAGCCCAAAAUGUCCGAGAUGAGAUAGCGGAUAUAGUCGUCAAAUUGGAUGGAAUGACAAAAGAUGAAAUGAAUGACAUCCUAAUAAAAUACAAGAUCAAAUCGCCAUUGACAGGGAACGAUCUCACUGAACCGAUUGAAUUUAAUUUGAUGUUUAGCACGCAAAUUGGACCUGCAGGUUCUGUAAAAGGUUACUUACGUCCAGAAACAGCCCAAGGUAUGUUUGUCAAUUUCAAACGAUUGUUAGACUUCAACCAAGGACGGCUCCCAUUUGCAGCCGCGCAGAUUGGAAAUGCAUUCAGAAAUGAGAUCUCACCCAGAUCUGGUCUGAUUAGAGUUAGGGAAUUCACUCUAGCAGAAAUUGAGCAUUUCUGUGAUCCCAAAGAGAAGAAUCACCCGAAGUUCGAUCUUAUCGAGAAUACAGAGAUGAUGCUUUACUCAGCAUGCAAUCAGAUGGAUGGUAAACCAGCGCAGAAAAUGACAAUUGGCGAAGCUGUCAGAUCGAAUCUGGUUGCCAACGAGUCCUUAGGUUACUUUAUGGCACGUAUUCAGCUAUACCUUCUCCAAGUUGGCAUAGAUAAGAAGCGCUUACGAUUCAGACAGCACAUGUCAAAUGAAAUGGCCCAUUAUGCUUGUGACUGCUGGGAUGCUGAAUGUCUCACAUCUUAUGGUUGGGUGGAGUGUGUCGGAUGUGCUGACCGAUCAGCAUAUGAUCUGACGCAGCACACUCGCGCAACAAAUGUGAAGCUAGCAGCGGAGAAAAAGUUGCCAGAACCAAAGACAAUCACUGUGACAGAAGCACAGGCAAACAAGGCAGUUAUAGGGAAGCAGUUCAAAAAAGAUGCUAAACUCAUUACAGAUGCUCUGGCUUCACUUGGUGAAACAGAAGCACAAGAAUUGAAGGCUGAAUUGGAGAAAGUUGGUGAAUGCACAGUACGAGCUGAUGGCCGGGAGUUCAAGCUCACUCCGGAGAUGGUAUCAAUUAAUACACUUUCCAAAACGGUCCACGUUGAAGAAGUAGUUCCUAACGUCAUUGAGCCCGCUUUCGGGAUUGGACGCAUCAUGUAUGCACUGCUGGAGCAUAGUUUUCGCAUUCGUGAAGAUGAUGAGCAAAGAACGUAUUUCUCCCUUCCACCACUGGUUGCUCCAUUGAAGUGCUGUGUGUUACCACUUAGCAACAAUACUGAUUUCAAACCUCUUAUUAGACAAUUAUCAACUGAGCUGUCAAAGCAGAAUGUGUCGCAUAAAAUAGAUGAUUCGAGCGGUUCAAUCGGACGCCGCUAUGCUCGAACAGAUGAAGUGGCGAUACCGUUCAGCGUCACCAUAGACUUUGACUCACUCAAUACACCGCAUACAGCCACAUUAAGGCAUCGUGACACCACACUCCAACUUAGGCUCCCGGUGUCAGAUAUCCCACUUGCUAUCUGUGAUCUUGCGUCCCAAAGGCGGUCCUGGGAAGACCUUGAAAAAGUGUACCCGAAGUUUGAGCAGCAAGAGGCCAGCAAAGCUUCUUAACUUCUGAACGUAUGAGGAAGUUAUUUUUGUGAAUUUUCGGUUUUUGUUAGUUCAAAUGUGCUUGAUCCAACUCUCAAUCGUUGCUGAUGAGGUUGAGCAUAUUUUUUUUAUUUUUAUUUUGUUAAAAACAAAGGAAUGCCUGCCAGUUAAAUAAUGUGUUCUAGCUGAUAAGAAUCUGUCCAGUGAGGUUCAGUUUACUGUGAUGAAUAAACUAUAGCCCAACCUUUUCUAAGUACAUGUAACAUAGCAUCAGUAAAUGAGCCUGAUGCGUUCUUUGCAUAGAAUGUUUUUAAAAACCACUGUGAUAUGAAAAAAACAUGUUUUAAAAAUGAAUCGUUAAGUUAUUAAGUUCAAGUUUCAAUCUUGGUUGAUCCGGUGAUAUUUAUUUACUUCAUUUUUGUGCAGCGAGGUUCACCAAAGAGAAGGCAUUUCUUGUCGAUAAAAAAUUCUUACCACAUUUUUGAGCAUAACAAUCUACGGCCGUACUUACACCUUACAUUUGUAUCACUUCUGCAUUUUAUCGGGUACUUUUCAAACUGAUCUGCAGCAUCAAGAGCGUUUAACUAUGCUUCAUGAGAUUUUUUAUAUUAAUUUUGUAUCAACAGCAUUGUAAAUAUAGAAGUAUUAAAGUAUUUUUUUGCUUUGUGA